GUCCGUGUGCGCGCGCGCGCGCGCGUGUGUGUGUGUGUAUCGCUCCCUCCCUCUCUCUUUUUUCCCCUCUCUCCCUCUCUCCUCCUCCUCCUCGUGCACUCUCCAGCCCCUCUCUCUCCCUCUCUCUCUCUCUCUCUCUCUCUCUCGCUCGCUCGAUCCGCCGCUCACUUCUGUCUCAAUAUGUCUCAAGAUGGCGGCCAAUGUGGGAUCGAUGUUUCAAUAUUGGAAGCGCUUUGAUUUACAGCAGCUGCAGAGGGAGCUUGAUGCCACAGCGACAGUUUUGGCUAACCGACAAGAUGAAAGUGAACAAUCAAGAAAGAAACUUAUUGAACAAAGCCGCGAGUUCAAGAAAAACACUCCAGAGGACCUGCGCAAACAGGUAGCUCCACUACUGAAGAGUUUCCAGGGAGAGAUUGAUGCAUUGGGCAAACGAAGCAAAGAAGCAGAGGCGGCGUUCCUGAAUGUCUACAAGAGAUUAAUUGAUGUUCCAGAUCCUGUUCCAGCCCUGGAUCUGGGGCAGCAACUCCAGCUAAAAGUCCAGCGCAUGCACGAUAUUGAAACAGAGAACCAGAAACUGAGGGAGACGCUCGAGGAAUACAACAAAGAAUUUGCUGAAGUGAAAAAUCAAGAGGUGACAAUAAAAGCACUUAAAGAGAAAAUUCGGGAAUAUGAGCAGACCCUGAAGAACCAAGCAGAGACCAUCGCUCUCGAGAAAGAACAAAAGUUGCAAAAUGACUUUGCCGAGAAAGAAAGGAUGUUGCAAGAGACGCAGAUGUCGACGGCCUCAAAGCUGGAGGAGGCCGAACACAAGGUGCAGGCCUUGCAAACAGCCUUGGAAAAGACGCGGACGGAAUUAUUUGACCUGAAGACAAAAUACGACGAGGAGACGACGGCAAAGUCGGAUGAAAUUGAGAUGAUUAUGACGGACCUUGAAAGAGCAAAUCAGAGGGCAGAGGUAGCUCAAAGAGAAGCCGAGUCCUUGAAGGAGCAACUCUCGUCGGCUAACAAAUCUCUCCAGCUGGCCACCCAGAUCCAGAAAGCACCGGAUGUGGAGCAGGCCAUCGAGGUGCUGACCCGAUCCAGCUUGGAAGUCGAACUGGCCGCCAAAGAGCGUGAAAUCGCCCAGUUGGUGGAAGAUGUCCAGAGACUGCAAGGCAGCCUCACCAAGCUCCGGGAAAACUCCACCAGCCAGAUCUCCCAGUUGGAGCAGCAGCUGACCGCCAAGAACAGCUCGCUCAAGCAACUGGAAGAAAAGCUGAAGGUGCAAGCGGAUUAUGAUGAAGUGAAGAAAGAAUUAAACAUCUUGAAGUCUAUGGAGUUUGCACCCUCUGACGGCUCCAGCACGCAGGAUGCCGGAUCCAAACCCCUGGAGGUCCUGCUGCUGGAAAAGAACCGCCUGCUGCAGUCGGAGAACGCCACGCUGCGGAUCACAAACAGUGACCUGAGUGGGUCAGCCAGGAGAAAAGGGAAAGACCAGCCUGAGAGUCAGCGUCCUGCAACUUUGCCGGCCUCCCCUCCUCCUCCGUUGCCCCGCAAUGCAGGGGAUCAGGCCUCCAAUACUAAUGGUACACACCAGUUCUCACCAACGGGUUUAAGUCAAGACUUUUUCAGCUCGUCCGGCUUACCCCUGGCUUCUACGGGAAAAUUUGCACUAAACUCUCUUCUUCAGCGCCAGCUUAUGCAGUCCUUCUACUCCAAGGCCAUGCAAGAAGCAGGAAGCACAAGCAUGAUUUUUUCAGCAGGUCCCUACAGCACAAACUCCAUCUCUUCCCAAAGCCCCUUGCAACAAAGCCCCGACGUCAACGGCAUGGCGCCCUCGCCCAGCCAGUCCGAAAGCGCCGGCAGCGCCUCCGAGGGCGAGGAGAUCGACACGGCCGAAAUCGCCCGCCAGGUCAAAGAGCAGUUGAUCAAGCACAAUAUCGGGCAGCGGAUCUUUGGACACUACGUCUUGGGGCUGUCGCAGGGCUCCGUGAGCGAGAUCCUGGCGCGGCCCAAGCCGUGGAACAAGCUGACGGUGAGAGGCAAGGAGCCCUUCCAUAAGAUGAAGCAAUUCCUCUCGGACGAGCAGAACAUCUUGGCGUUGCGCAGCAUCCAAGGCCGGCAAAGAGAGAAUCCAGGCCAGAACCUGAACAGGCUAUUUCAGGAAGUACCGAAACGAAGAAAUGGGUCGGAAGGUAACAUCACUACAAGAAUCCGAGCGACAGAGGCGAGCUCUGAUGAAGCUAUCAAAUCCAUCCUAGAGCAAGCCAAAAGGGAGCUGCAAGUCCAGAAAACAGCUGAGCCGGCUCAGCCCCCUUCCACCUCAAGCAGUGGCGGCUCUGACGACGCCAUCCGCUCCAUUCUGCAGCAAGCCCGGCGAGAGAUGGAAGCCCAGCAGGCCGCCCUCGAACCCGCCUUAAAAGCCACCCCGCUAUCCCAAGCCGAAAUCUCCCUCUUGUCCCCCAAAUUGAUCCCCCAGCCUGCCAUUUCUUCGGUCGCCAGCUACUCCCCGCUGGCCAUAUCCCUGAAAAAGCACUCGUCGGUGGAGUCCAGCGUCUCUUCCCUGCAGACUCUCCCCGUUCUAAAGAAAGAGGCCCCCGAGGCGCCCCUUCUAGACCUCCACGGGAUGUCCGAUUCGGCGCAAGGCGUGCUGAGGCACGUUAAAAAUGAACUGGGGCGCAGCGGGGUGUGGAAAGACCACUGGUGGAGCACCGUGCAGCCUGAGAGGCGGAACGCGGCUCCCCCGGAAGACCCCAAAGCGGAGGAAACCAGCAGCGCGAAGGAGAAGGCCAGCAGCCAGCCUCGUUCGGACCGUAGCAGCCAGCAGCUUCAAGGGCCCUCCUCUUCGGACUACUGGAAGGAGUGGCCCAACGCGGAGUCCCCCUAUUCCCAAAGUUCCGAACUGAGCGUGACGGGGGCGAGCCGCAGCGAGACGCCGCAAAACAGCCCCCUCCCUUCCUCCCCCAUCGUCCCUUUAUCAAAGCCAUCGAAACCUUCCGUUCCGCCGCUGACCCCCGAGCAGUACGAGAUUUACAUGUACCAGGAAGUGGAUACGAUCGACCUCACCCGGCAGGUCAAAGAGAAGCUCGCAAAGAAUGGCAUCUGCCAAAGGAUAUUUGGGGAAAAGGUCCUUGGUCUCUCCCAGGGGAGCGUCAGCGACAUGCUGUCCCGGCCAAAGCCAUGGAGCAAGUUGACGCAGAAAGGCCGCGAGCCGUUCAUCCGCAUGCAGCUGUGGCUCAACGGCGAACUGGGGCAGGGCGUCCUGCCGUCCCAAGGGCAGCCCCAGGGCCAAGUCCUUCAUUCUGUGUCAUCACUGCAAGACUCCCUUCCGCAGGGAUGUGCAAGCUCAGAAAGCACCCCAAAGACCUCUGCCAGCUGCAGUCCCGCUCCGGAGUCCCCCAUGAGUUCCAGCGAAUCCGUGAAGAGCUUGACAGAACUGGUCCAGCAGCCCUGUCCUGCCAUCGAGACGAGUAAGGAGGGCAAGCUACAGGACGGCAACGAGCCGUCUGCUUCCGAUUGCCAAUCCACAACGCCGCUGCCCCUCUCUGGCCAUUCAUCACUCAGCAUUCAAGAACUGGUGGCGAUGUCGCCAGAGCUGGAUACCUACGGCAUCACAAAGCGGGUCAAAGAGGUGCUCACGGACAACAACCUUGGUCAGCGCCUGUUUGGGGAGACGAUCCUGGGGCUGACGCAAGGCUCGGUCUCUGACCUCCUUGCUCGCCCCAAGCCCUGGCACAAGCUGAGCUUGAAGGGCCGGGAGCCCUUUGUCCGCAUGCAGCUCUGGCUCAAUGACCCCAACAACGUGGAAAAGCUGAUGGACAUGAAGCGCAUGGAGAAGAAAGCGUACAUGAAACGGCGGCACAGUUCAGUCAGCGACAGCCAGCCGUCGGAGUCCUCUUCCGUGGGAAUCGAUUACAGCCAGGGAGCCAGCCCGCAGCCCCAGCAUCAGCUGAAGAAACCCCGCGUCGUGCUGGCCCCGGAGGAGAAAGAGGCACUGAAACGGGCCUAUCAGCAAAAGCCAUACCCAUCACCAAAAACCAUUGAGGAACUUGCCACGCAGCUCAACUUGAAGACCAGCACCGUCAUCAAUUGGUUCCACAAUUAUAGAUCCCGCAUUCGUCGAGAGCUAUUCAUUGAAGAAAUCCAAGCCGGAGGUCAGAGUCAGGCCGGGUCAAGCGACUCCCCUUCAGCGCGAAGCAGCCGGGCGGUUCACAGCUCCGAAGGCGACAGUUGUGAUGGGGUGGAGACGGAGGGCCCACCCGACGCCAAGCAAGGCCGCCUGGAGGGCGACGAGUACAGCAAUGCAACCACAAAGUCUCAGGGAGGGAGGGCGUCGUCGGCUUUCGGAGCCGGGGAAGGGGCACUGCGAGACGCCGGACCGUCGGAGAAAACGGAGACAUUCCAGUUGGGAAUGGAAAGCCCGGAAGACACGGAUGACGAGGGCCGGCUCAAAGCGCCGCGUCCGGGUUCUCCGACGGGCGCUCCCCAUUCAGGAGAAACCCCGGAGACGACGCCAAACUGCGCUCCACACGAGGACGCCGCUACCUCAGCUGCCUCCACCUCAGUCCUUACAGGGCAGGGCUCCUGCAAGUCCACGGAGGGAAGCGUGGAGAGAAUUCCCAUUGUGCCAAGUACCAGUUCCACGCCGGCCGCCGGCGCUCAGCGAACCAGCUCCCUCGAGAGUUUGUUCGGCUUUUCUGAGGCGGCCUGCUCCAAGAACGCGCGGGACAACACCUUGAGGAAAAAGAAGGCCGCGAAUUUGAACAGCAUAAUCCACCGCCUGGAGAAAGCCGCGAGUCGAGAGGAGCCGGUGGAAUGGGAGUUUUGAGAUUAAGCUCACCCAACUCUGACGGAGCUGGGGGUAGUUCAAACUUGGACCUUUGCUGUUCGGAAUGGUGUCCCUGCACUUACCGCCCUGCAGGCCACAGGGCAAAAAUGCCAUAGGCCAAGGUGCAUAUAGAGGACAAAGAGGAGCGUUUCAGCCCGGUUUUAUGUUUGUGUUUUCGAGGAAGAAAACUGAAAUGUGUAGUCCAGGUUUUUGUACCCCGAAGUGUUUCUAUUAAUUGCCCUAAAGUGAUUUCCACAGUUUCUGGGGAAGAAAAAAAAAACUCAUACAGCUUUUGCCUUGUGCCCCUCCUACUUGGUGUGGGCUUUAAAACAUAAAAUAUAUACAAACGAGAAGAAAAAAGAAAGAAAAUUAAACCCACAUAUUUAAAAGGGGGCUUUUUAUCCGCCAUCUAAUGGCUAAACAGAGCGAUAAUAAUACACUAUUAUCUUCUUUAACCAGGAAAACAAAAAGAGGAGAGGGGAGAGAUUUUUUUGAGAAAAAGAAAAGUUUUUUUGUAGCUGUUCUGUUGCCACUAAGAGAUUGCACAGUCCACCCGACUCUAAACACACUAGUUUGAAUUCCUAAAUAUUUUCAAGAAAAGAAUAUUGUUUGAAACUCGGGAUUUAAAAAACAAACAAAACCACAUUUACUCCACGUAUUUUUUAAGCAAACAAACAAACAAAAUGUCACAUCAGGAAAACUAUCUUAAUUUGUGGUAGCUGACUUCAGUGUUUUUUCUUGUAAAGUGGAAUAGAAAAUUGACUUGUAGUGCACAUUGUUUCAUAGCUUUAACCGAUUCUGGUCUCUUUAUGGGCUGGGAUUUGUUUAAUACACUCCAUUUUAGGCCAAAUCAGGACAGAAAAAAAAAAGAAGAAGAAAAAAAUAAUUCUGAAAUCUAGGUAUUUUAUAAUCUGCUUUUUAACCUCUAACCACAGAGCACGCGGUUCAGACCUCAUUUCUAGGAGGUUUGGGAGACAGCUUGGAAUGGAGGCGUACUUGAUCGGUUCAGCUUGAAUUGCGUUAUGCCAGCUUUGCAAACAAGUCCAUACAAGUUACUAGUCCUUAGCCCGCCUAAAUACACAUACAUUCGUGCCCUAUAAGAAAAGAACCACCACCCAUUUUCAAAUGGGGGGGGGGGGCAAACCUGAUCGCCUGGAAGCAGUCCUUAACUCGCCAUAGGCGAUCAGGUGGGUGGCGUAAUGAGCCUGUGGUUAUGC